UUAGUCCCUUGUCUCCUUCGUCGUCCGUCGCACCCCCCCUCUCUCUCUGCUCUCUCUUCAUCAUCGUCUUCCUUCUGUUUCUCUGAACUCUAUCACACCACCUGCACCUCCUGUUUCUUCUUCCUUUCACAUAUCGCUUAUCAGAUUCUCGAUUUCAGACCUUUUCUCUCACUGAACCUCUCUUGGUUUUAAUUCCUUUCCCUCUUCUUUUUUCCAUUUUCUAUAUAUUUUCCAGAGCCCUUAAAAUAUACAAAAGCAGGCACAAACCACGAACCAAAACUACUGUUUCUUAAAAAAUUUCCUUCGACUUAGAUAGUAUUUAAUAUCCCUCCAUCAUAAAAUUAUUUUUCCUUUUGUUUCCUGUUUUCUUUUAAUAAUUUUAUUCUCUCUCUCUCUUUGAUGUGUCUAUGGCUGGUCUGGAUUUAGGCACUGCUUCUCGUUUUGUUCCAAAUCUCCACAGACCUAACUUGCACCUUCAGCAGCAGCAUCAACAUCAGCAACGCGAAUCCGAGGAAGAUGUGCAUCGGGCCGAUCCCUUUUCUGGCGACGACGGUCCCCACCAAGGCCUCGAGCUUGUCUCCACAGGACCCGGCGACAUCGUGGGCCGUCGACCACGUGGACGGCCACCGGGCUCCAAGAACAAGCCCAAACCGCCCGUCAUAAUAACCAGAGAGAGUGCCAACACCCUCCGAGCUCAUAUUCUUGAAGUCGGCAACGGGUGCGACGUGUUCGACUGUGUCGCCACCUACGCUCGCCGGAGGCAGCGAGGGAUCUGUAUUCUAAGCGGGAGUGGCACGGUGACAAAUGUCACCCUAAGGCAGCCUGGAGGUGCUGGAGCUGUUGUGAGUCUCCACGGCAGGUUUGAGAUAUUGUCGUUAUCGGGAUCGUUCCUACCGCCUCCGGCGCCGCCCGGUGCGACCAGCCUGACGAUAUACUUGGGCGGAGGGCAAGGGCAAGUGGUCGGAGGAAGCGUGGUGGGGGAGCUGAGGGCGGCAGGUCCGGUGAUCGUGAUCGCUUCUUCGUUCACGAACGUGGCGUACGAGAGACUCCCGUUGGACGAUGAGGAGCAGGAGCAGCUUCAGAUGCAUACCCCUGGAUCCACUCAGGGGGGUUCUGGCGGCGGCGGAGGGAAUAACUCGUAUCCUGACCCGUCUUCCGGUCUACCUUUCUUCAAUUUGCCGCUUAAUAUGCCGCCGCCGCCGCAUCAGCAGCAGCAGCAGCACAAUGUUCAGUUGCCGGUCGACGGUUGGACCGGAAGCUCCGGUCCGCGUCCGUCCUUUUAACUAGAAAAAGUCUUUUUUUUUUUGUGGAUACGCAUUAAGGUCAGCAAAUUCAAGGACUACUACUACUGAGAUUGCCACUAUGAGUUUAUAUGCUUCUCCCUCUUUAUUUUCUUCUCUUGAUGAUGAUGUAGUUUUUUGCGUUUUGAGGAGUUAUAAUUAAUUACUGUACUUCUUAACCAGCAUCUCACUUGUUUUCCUCUCUUUAUCCAUUUCCAUGGAUCUAUAGAUCUCUUUGAGCAGUUA